GUUUCUUUAGGUCUAAACAGAUGAAAUAUUAUAGUUUAGUCAUCCCAAGAGAGAGUGCAUGGGUGGUUAUGGAUCAAUUGGGAAGAUUGGGAUAGUUACAUAUUAUAGAUUAUGAUCCUUUAUUGCCGAUGAUGAAUAGACCAUUUGCCAAUUAUGUAAAGAGGUACUCAAAAUCCAGAUUAUUAUAGAUGUGACGAAUCAUUAUUCAAAUUGAAUGGACUUGAUGCACUCCUCAAGCAAUUCAAAAAAAAACUUAUAUAUUGUGAAGAUACUCAAAAAUUACUUGAUCACUUCAGAGAUAUAUAGAAUUCAAGGUAAAAACCUGGACAUACUUAUUUUGAUGAAUUAGAAUAGGAAAUUGAUAAGAAGAAAAAUAAUAUUCAAGAAAUGUCAAAUAAUUUGUAGAAUUUAUUAGACAGAGUUGAUUCAAUUACAGAAUAAAAAUUAGUAUUAGAGAAAGCAAAAGAAAUCUUGGGAAAAUAAAUGUUUUCAUAGUAAAUUGAGAUUUAUAACUUAGAUCAACUCCUCAUAAUCUGAGUGAUUAUUAAUAAUUGAAAUUUGGACAAUUAAUUGGUGUCAUUGAUAAAGAGGAUGAAACCAGAUUUAAAAGAAUAAUGUUUAGAAUUACAAAAGGUAAUGCAUGGGUUAAUAUUGUGGAUCUUCUGCCCGAAAAAUAACACCAUUAAAUAAAAACAUCAAUAGAUCUGAAUAGAGUAUUUGUUCUUCUUUAAAAAAGGCAUCAUAACCUAGAUGUUUGUAUGUGGUUGUUUAUCCUGGAAUGAAUGAUUAAAGUACUUUGAAAUAGAAAUUGCUCAAAGUGUGUGAUUCAUUUUCUAAAAACAGAAUAGAAUAUCCGAAUUCUUAGGAAGCUAUGGACAACAAAUUAAGGGAAUUAUCAAUCCAGAUAAACGAGGCAUAAAGUUUAAUUCAAAUGACCAAAAAAUAAUUAGAUCUUACUUUAGAUGAGUUGGUUAAGGAGUAAAAUGGAUGCAAUUGCUCUUACUUUGAAUAGUUAAGAUUAUAUGUUUUAAAAGAGAAAUAUCUCUAUGUUAAUUUAAAUUACUUAAUGAUGUAAGGUUCAAUUUUUACUGGAUAUUUCUGGUUACCUGAAGGACUUGAAGUUUAAGUUGAAGAUAAAUUAAGAAAUGCUAUGUAGAACAGUAUCGACAGAUUUCCAACUGGAUAAAUUCAAGAGUUGAGACCCAAACCAGGAGAUCUGGCUCCUACUUAUUUUAAUAUGAAUGAAGUAACUAUACCUUUUUAGGAAAUUGUAAAUACCUAUGGAGUACCAAGAUAUCAAGAAGUAAAUCCUGGUUUAUUCACAGUGAUUACCUUCCCAUUUCUGUUUGGAGUGAUGUUUGCAGAUAUAGCUCAUGGUUUCUUAUUGCUAUUGUGUGGAUUGUACGUGAUAUUCUGGAAAAAUCAAUUAAAGAAAGAGACAGAUUCAAUGUUCAAUGCGAUGAUCCCUUUUAGAUAUCUAUUAGCUCUAAUGGGUUUGUUUGCAUUCUACAAUGGAUUAAUCUAUAAUGAUUAUCUCUCCAUAUCUCUUGAUCUAUUUGGCAGUUGUUAUUAUCCUAAGCAUGAAGAAUGGGAAAGGGAAUAGAAUUGUGUAUACCCAUUUGGUAUUGAUCCAGUUUGGUUGGCAUCAGGAUCAAGUCUAAACUUCAUGAAUUCCUACAAAAUGAAAUUAUCUGUAAUUUUAGGAGUAACACACAUGUUAUUUGGAAUUUUAAUGAAAGGAGCCAAUACCUUAUAUUUCAGAAACUAUUUGGAUUUUUUCUGUGAAUUCAUCCCCCAAUUGCUAUUUAUGGUGUGCACAUUUGGUUGGAUGGAUUUCCUUAUCAUAAUGAAAUGGUUGAAUGUGUAUCCAAAUGGAAAAGAUCCAAGUAUCAUUGAGACGAUGAUUAACUAAAUAUUAAAACCUACUGAUGAAGCGGAAUCUCCAGUAUUCCCAAAUAAUGCAUCUUUAUAAUUAUCUGUUACCCAGUUAUUGACAGUGAUUGCAAUAGUUAGUAUACCAUGGAUGCUGUUUCCAAAGCCUUUAAUUUUGGGUUCAAGUCAGAAGAAACAUAAAGUCUAGGCCAAAGAAUAGCAAUACGAAAAGCUGAUCUCUGAUAAACAAGGAUCUGAACUUGAGAUUGAUCCUUAAUAAUUUAGAAAGGAUUUAUAGAAUGCUGCUUCUAGUCGGAGUGUAGAUCAUCCUGAGUAGGAUCAUGAUUCUGGGGAAAUAUGGGUGCAUUAGAUGAUCGAAACAAUUGAGUUCGUGUUGGGAGGUAUCAGUAAUACAGCAUCAUAUCUUCGUUUGUGGGCAUUAUCUUUGGCUCAUGGAUAAUUGGCAGAAGUAUUUUACGAUAUGUGUAUUGCAGGGAAUCUGGAUGCGGGUGGAAUAAUAGGUGGAUUGAUGAGUGGGUACUUUUAUAUUGUGUUUGCCUUGUUGACUUUUGGAGUGCUGAUGAUGAUGGAUGUGAUGGAAUGUUUUUUGCAUGCUUUAAGAUUACAUUGGUAUGAAUUGGUUUCAUUUUAUAAAGGGUUGAAUUUUAGAGUAAAUUCUAUAAGGCUGAUGGUUAUCUAUUCGUUGGGUUUUCAUAUAACAAAAUGUUAUAAGAGCAUCUUAAAUGACAUUAUGGAAUUUGGGA